UCCAGCGACAUUGUAUCCCAUCACAAACACAUUGAACUCAGCAAGAUGGCGGUGGAAGUGGUGCGGGACAAAGGUGGGAAGGGGGAAAGGCGACAUCGGCGGCAUGUAGAAGCAACUUUGGAGGACCAAGUCGACUCGUACUUCCGUUCCAUCAAUCCGAUGGCUAGGAGAAUCGUUGAUGAGGUCCAUAAAGUUAAACACAGGCACCGUAAGGAAUGGGACAACCUCAGCGCCAAAGAACAAGACGAUGUCAUCAACGACUGGUUCGUGCCUCCUGAAGUGAAAGCUUUCUACAAGGACCACCCAAAAUAUCCCGACCACGAUCUACCGCCAUACUACCCCAGGCUCAUACUACCUGCAGGGGAAAAGAUCGUACACGAUCCUGACGAUGGGUCUAACAGCAAGUCCUCGGGUGUCACAUGGCUGGAUGAACACUCAGGACCUUUCCACUGGGAAACAAAGAGCCAACAAGAACUACAUCUUCCCAAAGCCAUUGACAGUCAGGAAGCAGGUGCCUCCCCAGCUGUGGACAAAAAAGGCCGGCCUUUGAAAGUCGGACAAAAAGACUCACCACGCAGGGGGAGACCAGACAAGCGUAAGGACUCCAGAGAUGACAAAGAGAACAGCCUGUUUGGUGGAAUGUGGGAGGGGACGCCCCACCUGUUGCGAGUAACAGCAGAGGCGCACAGUCCUGCAGUACCCAAACGGGACCUUCUGGAGCUGGACUUUGAACAGGAAAAGCUGACACCCAGCCAGGUGAAGGCUAAGGAGAAGGCCAAGAGGGAGGCUGAGAGGCAGAGGCUUGCAGGCACAGAGACUGCCCCAUCAAAUGGGAAAGGAAAAGUUCUUGGAGCAGAAGCAUUUCCUUCAAAUGGAAGAGGAAGACUCCUUGGAGCAGAAGCUGCUCCACCCUCCACCAAUGGGAAAGGUAGUCGCCCAAAUACACCACACUCCAAAGGUCGGAGUUCAGACUCGCCGCGGUCCUUUACGGAGUCUCCGGGCAGUCUGAGCCCCGCUGAUGAGAGGAUGAACCUGCAGGAUGAGUUGUCUGCCCUGCUGGCCAGGCAGAAGGAGAAGGCAGAGGCCUCACCCCCAGCCAAGCCUUCCCCACCCCCCACAACCAAGGAUGAGGUGGACCUGACCCCACUAGGAGAGUUCACCCCCUUACUCACAUUCUCCACAACUGAGACUGAGAGUCAGGAUGAGGAAGAAACAUCGAUCAAGAAGACUGGCUUUGACUUUUUGGAUAACUGGUAAAUGGAGUGUCAGCUGGGUAUCACUCACAGUCACACACAUCACCACCAUCCAUGACUUGAUACACAGGGGCACAGGAGUAUUUGAAGAGUCUGAGAAACUUAUUAUUGACCAGUAGAACCUAUGAUAUCUUUGACAACACUAUCCUCUACCAAAAUACUGUAACAAGUAUGUAGUAUUUGAUUCGGCAUCUGUGAAUUUUAAUUUAAAAGUGUUAAUGUUUUCUUCUACAGGUGUGUAAUUGUUGUAAUUUGUACUCUGAUUAUCAAAAAGUGUGACAUUUGGGAUUUUUUUUCUAAUUCUAUGGUCAUGAGGUGUUUUUACUAUUUUCAAUGAUGACAUACUGUUGUGUCCUCUUGUAUAUCUGUAUAACUAUAAGUAUCUAACAAGAACAAUGGUGCCUUGACAAAAUGUUGCACAUUUUUUAAAAAUUUGAUUUUUGUAAAUCAACGACUUAACUUGCAAACAUCUUCAUAGAGGUACAGAAUUGAGUAGUCAGUAGUUCAAUUAGAAUUAUGUUUGUUUUGAAGCAAUGACUGAAAUCCUCAUACCUCAUAUAGUGAGGUAUCACUGGGUAUGGUUUGCGAGAAGUCUAUGCAUACAUUUUAUGGUUCUAUGAAAGAUUACAGUCUUUUAAACUUUCUUGAUUUUUUUAAUGGUGAGAAGCCUUGCUGGAUUCACAGUACAAUGCAAUCACAGUAUGUGUAUGUAGUGAUGUAUUGUACAGUCAAUGUGUUGUCAGACAGGUCCAUAAGUGCCAGACAUGUUGAUAAACAUGUAGAAUGGGCAGGGUGAGGUAUCUAUGCACCUUUGUUUCAGCACUGUCCAAUAAGAGUCAACAAUAUAUGUCAGCAUGUUGCAGCAUAAUGUAGUUUUUAUAAGCACUUAAGUGUUUUACUGACACCAUUUUAUAUAGGUGAAUAAGCAUAUGUAUUGAUGAAUCAGUUUAUGCACAGUCACUCUUCAUGAUGAAAUUUCUUUAUGUUUUUUUGUAUCAGUGUUGGUUCAGGCAGAGUAUAAAAUGUAAAUAAUGGUAAUGGGCCUCCCCCUUGCCCAGCUUCAUUGUGGAAACUUUUGUCAAGAUUCAUUUGAUAAUUUUAUUGAAAAUGUCAUACCUAUACUUUAUCAUAUACCCUUGCAGUGUGUAAUCUAUUACACAACGUAGAGAAACUGUGUUUAUUUUGAUGGUUUGGUCAUCAUAUUUACAAUUUUACACAUGUAUCUUUGGAUUUUAAUCAGUAACAUUCAUAAUGAUGCAUUUAUCUCAAGUAACAAACAAUAUGGUGCAUGCCAUGGGCUGUUAUCCUACAAUUACCACUUUAUAAAACAUGUAUGGUGAUGCAUAUGAUAUAAGUUAUUACUGUCAGUUGUUCCUUUAUAGUAGAUGUACUGUACAGGAGGCCAGUCCUCCAAUGAUUGGAGUGCUACAGAAGCACAGCAGUGAAAUAUGUGUUUGAAAAUUCUUUUAAAAGUAUCAAAUGUCUUUCAUCAGACAAUGAACCUGUCUGUGACCAGGCGUCAUUACACAUUGGCAGAUCUGUGCCUACCACAGCACCCCUGAGGCAUGUAUGAUGGUGCAUUACAGGGUGUAGCCAUUGCUGGGGUGGUUCUCUACAACUUACUACAGCCUUACUCAAAUGCAGUAUUUUUGCUGUAGCUGUAAAGACUUGAGAAAAUAAGAACAAUUUUCCACAAGUUGA